AUGUCCGAUCUUUCUAGAAACCAAGUAAAGGAACGUGCUAGGAUAGAGCUUUCAAGGAUACUGCCAUUGGAUGACGAAAGUUUAGAUCAAGUCAUUACAUAUGCUUUCACUUUACGAACAAAGGAAGAAAUUGCUGAACAUUUCCUGAAUUUGCUAGGAGAAAGCCCAGAUUCGUUCCAAUUCAUUUCCAACUUCCAAGAAAUGUUAUUUCCGAGCCCCAGGACUGGGAAGGCGAUCCAAGAAGACUCUUCAAUAGCAAGGCCUGACCCCAAGUUGUCAUCUACAUCGCCAUCGCCAUCGCCAUCGCCAUCACCAUCGCAGUCUAAACCAUCAGUGCUCAGAAGUAUAAAAAUAACAUCAGGCAAACCAAGCAAGAUAAAGACUGUCAGAAAAGUUGUUACAAGACCCAUAUCAAGUUCAGGCUCAGCGUUAUCCUCUGAUUCAUCUAAUAAUCCAUUACGGACACAACUACAAGUACAAAAUUCUUCUAAUGAUACUCAGAAAACAAUGAAAAAAACGCUAAAUAGUCUCAAAGACAUCGACAGCGCAAUAGCCGAAUUGGAAUUGAAUGAGCCAGUCCCCCUAGAUGGUGAGCCUCGGCCUGCCAAGCGAUUCUGUGAUUGUAUGGCUCAAAGGCAUCCUUUAUUCGAAAUGUUUCCCAACUGUCUUAACUGCGGGAAGAUUAUUUGCAUAAAGGAGGGCCUUCAACCGUGUUCCUCAUGCGGGAAAGAACUUCUCAGCAAUGAAGAAAAGUCAAAAAUUGAAGAGAUACUAAACCAGGAGAAACUCAAACUGGAAGAGAAGGCAGGUAUAGAUUCUUCAAAUGACAAAACCAAAGCCAAACAGAAGAAAAAACUGAUCCUUUCUAUGAACGAAAAGGGUAAAAACAACUUUUUGGAAAAGGAGAUUUUUUUCAAUGAAAUUGACUCUCAGAAACAAAAACAACUUCAACAGGCAGUAGAAGCUCAAGAAGAGCAGAAGAAGUUAGACCAGCAGAAAUUUGAGUUGGAAUACUAUGCGAAAAUCAAAGACAAAUCUCCGGAAUUGCUACAGGCCCAAGAACGUCUAGAUCAAUUGUUGAACUUUCAAGAAACUAGUGCUGAGAGGACUAAAAUCAUUGAUCAGGCUUCUGACUUUGAGCUGCCUAAUCAAAAUUUUAACUUGUGGGCAAGCCCUGUAGAGAGAGCAUUACAACUAAAGAAACAACAGAGGCAGCUUCGAAAACAAGAAUCUUCAGAGAAAGCUAAAACUGGGCGUGCGAGCCAUGCAUUUAACAUCUCUAUUGCUGACGGCCAAGUGGUCAUGAAUCAAGAAUCGAUUAUCGAAGACCCUACUGAUGAAAUAGAUCAAGGCAUAGAGGAUUUAGAGGCUAGAGUUAAAAAAAUGAAAAAUGAACAGCUCUCCAGCAAUAUCGGUAAAGUUUGGAAUCCUGAAGAAUAUAAACAAAAAUGGAAAGCACCUGUCUAUAUGCACUCAGAAGAUGACAACUCUUCAGAAACUCAGCCAGAACCAACAGAGGAGUGGGAAAGAGUGCAGAAUGGCUCUGUUGAAGAAUCAGAGCAAGUUCUCUUGAGCCUUCCGAUCAUGUAG